AAUCAUAAGAUUCGUCGUGACUUCCGAUUCCAGUCUUUCUAGGGUUCUCCGUUUCUUCCUCUACCAAAAGCCACCACUGCCAUCCGCGAUCUCCGUCGGAGUUUCAUCGCAGUCGUCGGCGUUCGCCAUCUCCGGUUCUAUCGGUCAUGGUCUCUUCAACUCUUUGCAGCAGUGAAACAGAUAUCUUUCAUUCAGAGUCCAGGCUCAAUGAUUGCGAUCGCCCUUUCUUGUCUAGAAAGAGGUUAAAGCUCUCUGAUUUGGACUCUCAGAUCUAUGCUAAAGAUUGCGGUGAUCUUUCCAGUUCCAUGGAGCCGAGACACGGAUCUCCAUCUUGCUCUAAGUGUUGCGAAGAAGUUGGUUCACAGUCUGCUACAAAUGUUAGUUGCCAGUCCACUGACAACAGUAGCAAUAUCACUCAGCCUUGCAAUAGUUUAGGGGCUUCAUACACUGGAAAGAAUCAUAAUGGAUAUGUCAUCCCUUCAUUUGUGAAUGGAUGGAUGUAUGUGAAUGAAAAUGGGCAAAUGUGUGGCCCUUAUAUUCAGGAGCAGCUGUAUGAGGGUUUGCACACUGGGUUCUUGCCUGAAGAGCUUCCUGUAUAUGCCAUUGUAAAUGAGACUCUGAUGAACCCAGUGCCUCUGAAGUAUUUUAAGAAGUUCCCUGACCAUGUCUCCACUGGCUUCGCAUAUCUAACUACAUGUAUCUCUGAUUCCACUGCAAACCUGGCCACAAAAGAACAACCCUUCGGAGCUGCAACAAGUGGUUGUUCUGAUUCCCAGACAACAAUCAGACCAUGGCUGAAUGAUAACAGUUGUAGCUCAAACCAACAGAUGCCAAACUUUGAAGCAGCUGGUUCAACUGCAUCAUAUCCACAAUUGUUAGAUGAUGGACCUUUUUGGUUCUUUGAGGAUGAUGAGGGGAGGAAACAUGGACCACACUCUCUCAUGGAGCUUUACUCCUGGCAUCAGUGUGGAUACCUUCGCGAUUCGUUAGUGAUUUAUCAUGCCCAUAAUAAGUUUAGACCAUGUAAUCUGCGAUCCAUGAUAAAUACUUGGAGCAUAGCAACGCCUGCAAAUGUCCCUAUAUCAUGUGCUGGAGGCAAUGAGAGUGGUUCUUCAUUAGACUUCAUAUCUGAAAUAUCUGAUGAAGUAUGCUUCCAACUGCAUUCUGGAAUUAUGAAAGCAGCUCAUAGAGUUGUGCUAGAUGAGAUCAUACGUCACAUAAUUGCCGAGUGUGUUUCUGUGAAGAAGACAGCCUACAGGCAUGCUAAGUUUGAUCCAGCCAAUCAGAGUUUCAAAAUUAGCUCUCCAAAUAGGAGAAUGCCAGAAAAUUUUGACGCGGGGAAGGACUCUGUUGCUUCUGAGAGUGAGGUGGCAGCAUGUAGUGAUGUUCGUGAUGAGAAAUGUACUAGUGAAAGUUUGGAAAGGCCUCCAGCAUGCAUGAAAUCUGUUGGAAGCUAUGAUAACUUUUUAGGCGCAUAUCUAUCUGUCUGCAGAACAGUUUUUGAUUCUUGCAUGCAAGUCAUGUGGAAUGCAGUCUUUUAUGACCCUAUAGCAGACUAUUCCUGUGCCUGGAGAAAGAGACAUCGAUGGUCUGGUUAUUAUAUUUAUUAUGCCUGAAGGGUCUCCAUUGGUCGGCAGUUGCAAUCAGAAGAAGAGUCAUCUGCUUCUGAACUCGAUUAUCCCCCUGGUUUUGAAUUAGGGAAAAUGGCACCAUAUUCCCCUGCAAUUACAGCAUUAUCUUUUGGGGGAGAAGGGUCUUUUAAACCAGGCCUAUUGGAUUGGGAUCAAGAUUAUAUUGACAUAGAUUGCAUCUUGGAAACUGUAGAGAAUGAACUUCACACUUCUGUCAAGAUGUCUAUGGUACAAUCUUUUGAAUCUUUAGUUGAGGAAGAAGUGAAGAAAGCUGUUGAUUCUUUGGAAGGAGGGAAAGUAAAUGAGGUUACCUUUGACUCUCCUGUAGAAAACAGUCAAUUAAAAGAAUAUGGUUUUACUGAACAAUGCUCUGAUUCAGAUAUCAUUGCACCUGAUGGUUCCGGGCCAUCAUCAAAACCAGCAGAAUCAACUGAUGAGACCACUGUGUCUGUACAUAGCAGUUUAUUGUUUAAUUCCUUGACAAGAGCAUUCACAAAAUUGUGUGGGAAUGUUGAAAACUUGGUUAAUGACCAAGAAACUGAUGAGCCAUGCCCGCCUGGAUAUGAGGACAAUGUUACAACUGUACCUCCCUCUAGGAUGGAUAAAUUCCGACCAUCUUCAACAAAUGAGAGUGUUUCUAAAAUUGGACAAUACAUUGUGAUGGCAAGGUUCAGGCAGAAGUUACAUGAUGAUGUGCUGAGGGAGUGGAAAUCUUUGUUUGCCAAUGAAGUCCUCCAUGAAUUUCUGAUGUCAUGGUGUUCCCCAAAGAAACGCCAGAAAUUCAAUGCUAGUGAGGAAAGAUUGAGGAAUACUCACAGCUCUGGCCGUUCAGAGGUGGCUCCAGUGGCUGGGAAAUAUACAUAUUUCCGCAAGAAAAAAUUGGAGCGGAGAAAAUUGGGAUCUUUGUCUCAGUGUGCAACUAAGGGUGAUACUGGAUUGUGGAAUCGGUUUGUUGAGAAGUCAAAGAAGCUAGAAAUAUCCAGAGGUGAAUCUGAGGCUGCAGUUAUUGAAACUGCUGCCUGGAAUCGAAAAAAGAUUGGUAAAAAUAAUUGCCAUACUGGAACCCUUGUUGAUGGUAACUGUUGUGAGGAAUACUUAACAAACCGAAAUCUAACCAGUCAGAACUUAGAGGUAGUUCAUGCUGUUCAAGAUAGUGAAGUUAAUGGAGAUUAUUCUAAACGCAACAAAAGUAAACUCUCAGUUUCCAAGGACUCUUAUACUGAUGGUGGGAAGAUGUCUGCAAGCUGUGAUAGUCAUGUUUGGAUGCAGAAGGUAGUGGUUCGUAGCUCCAAGAAGAUAGCAAAAGAACCUAAGGCAGUUAAAAUGAAAAGGAAGCAUUCAACGGAUGAUGUGCCACCAUCAAGCUCGAGGAAAGUUCUGAAAAUGACAAAUACUCCUUCCAAACAACCAGCUUAUAGCCAAGUUUCUAUAAGGAAUAUCAAGACCUCUCUAUCUGAAACAUCUAAUCCAUGCCCUAGGGCUGAUGGGUGUGCUCGAUCAUCAAUUGAUGGUUGGGAGUGGCAUAAAUGGUCACUGAGUGCAAGUCCUGCUGAAAGAGCUCGUGUAAGGGGAACUCGUUCCCUUAAUUCUCAGUAUAUUGUUUCGGAGAUUACUGGGUCACAGAUGUCAAAUAUGAAGGGCCUAUCUGCCAGAACAAACAGGGUUAAGAUGCGCAAUCUUCUUGCUGCUGCGGAAGGUGCUGAUCUUUUGAAAGCUACUCAGUUGAAGGCAAGGAAAAAACGCCUUUGUUUCCAAAGGAGUAGGAUACAUGAUUGGGGUCUUGUUGCUCUGGAGCCAAUUGAGGCAGAAGAUUUUGUCAUUGAAUAUGUUGGAGAACUAAUUCGUCCUCGUAUAUCUGAUAUACGCGAACGUCAUUAUGAGAAAAUGGGAAUUGGAAGCAGUUAUCUUUUUAGAUUGGAUGAUGGUUAUGUGGUUGAUGCGACAAAACGUGGUGGAAUUGCUAGAUUUAUAAACCAUUCGUGUGAGCCUAAUUGCUAUACCAAAGUUAUAAGUGUAGAGGGUCAGAAAAAGAUUUUCAUUUAUGCGAAACGACAUAUUGCUGCUGGUGAAGAAAUUACUUAUAAUUACAAGUUCCCAUUGGAGGAGCAGAAGAUCCCCUGCAACUGUGGUUCACGGAGGUGUCGAGGUUCAUUGAACUAAGGUGUUCUAUGAGCAGACAGUCCUGGUGUGUACACAGACCGUGGAGCGAAUGAAGGCAGUUUCUAACCUGGUGGUUUUGGAACUCCAUUGAACUGCAAAACAAUUACGAGAUGCAGUUCCCAACUGUGCAGGAUAGUGGAAUUAUGGUGCUAUUCUCUCUUUGGACUUUUGCUUGCUUGGUGUGGAUGACAAAUUACUGAUUCACGCAUAUUAUUGUAGAUAGCACUCAGCUGCAGAUGAGUUUCUCCUCUUGAAAGGGUGAUGAAGUAAUAUUUCAACCUCAAACUGCUGUGAAGGAGGUCUUUUUGGUCUCUUCGAUGACUUGAAGAAAAUGGCAGGUAUAAAUUUUGACCAGGAAAAAAGAUCAAAACAAAGACAAAAUAGAUGACAUUAGGGUUGGCCUUGUAGAGCGAGCGUGCGUUUCUAAUAUAGUGAAACAUGCCGAUGCACCCUCUGGAACUUUGACAACCAGAGAGCCAGUGAAUGAUUGUUCAAAGCAAAGGCAUAAUCUUCUCGUGUGAACUUGGAAGUGGGACAUGGACGUAUGAUGGUGGUUAUCAUUCAUUAUAAAGAGUAAUCUAAGUUAGCCUCAAGCAAAAUGUGUAGGUGAGAAA